AUGGCAUUCUUCAAUACCUCUGAUUUAGAAAUCUCCACCUUCUUCCUCACUGGAAUCCCAGGGUUGGAAUAUGUCCAUAUUUGGGUCUCUAUUCCAGUUUGCCUCAUUUAUAUUACUUCUAUCCUGGGGAACUGCACCAUCAUCUAUUUCAUAAAGACAGAGACCUCUCUGCAUGAGCCAAUGUAUUAUUUCCUCUCCAUACUGGCCUUUUCUGACCUGGGACUGUCCAUUUCUUCCCUUCCAACCAUGUUGAGAAUUUUCUUGUUCAAUGCCAAUGGAAUUUCCAGUGAUGCCUGCUUUGCCCAAGAGUUUUUCAUUCACGGAUUCUCAGCAAUGGAGUCAUCUGUUCUUCUUAUGAUGUCCAUUGAUCGCUUUAUAGCCAUCUAUAAUCCUCUGAGAUAUACCUCCAUCCUGACUGGUGCUAGAAUCAUUAAAAUGGGACUCGCUCUUGCUUCAUUUUGUAUGCUUCUUAUCCUUCCUUUCCCCUUUAUUCUAAAAAGACUGAAAUACUGUAAGAAGAGUCUUCUAUCCCAUUCCUACUGCCUCCAUCAGGAUGUCAUGAAGCUAGCCUGCUCUGACAACAGAGUCAAUGUCAUCUAUGGGAUGGUUGUGGCUCUAGCUGCUAUGUUUGUCUUGCUAUGCAUAUCUGUGUCUUAUAUAAUGAUCCUGAGAACAGUUCUUGGCAUUGCCUCACACCAGAGUCGUCUCAAGGUCCUUAAUACUUGUAUCUCUCACAUUUGUGCUGUGCUCAUCUUCUACGUGCCUAUAGUCACCUUAGCUAUUAUUCACCGUUUUGCCAAAAAUGUUACACCAGUUGUUAGAGUCAUAACAGCGGAUGUCUUCAUCUUGAUUCCUCCUCUAAUGAACCCCAUUGUGUACUCUGUGAAGAGUCAGCAGAUUAGAAAUCUGAUCCAUUCAAAAUUAUGUGACAGACAGGGCUGCUCUAUGAAAGCCCAGUUGACCUGA